UCCUAUUUAAUCAUGAAAAUUCACAAGGAAGUUUAAUUAACCAAGAAGUUUAUACGAUGGCAAUUGAUAAUAUUCAAUUCAACCGUAACUGUAUAGCUGCCAGGGUUGCUUUAGCGGUUUACUUGUCUGGGUUUCUGUGCUUUCUGAUUGGGCUGGCCACACCAAACUGGCUUCAUGUCGACCAAGGAAUGCAAGGCGGGCUAUGGAGUGCUUGUUAUUAUGUCCAAGACGUUGGUUGGACCUGCAAUCAAUAUAAAUCACAGCCAGAGUUUAUUCCCGCAGUACAAGCUUUGGCGAUACUCACAUUACUGUUUUACAUUGUGGAGUUUGUCGUCAUGGUAACAGUUAUAAUAUUAGUUUUGAGGAAUGUUGGCUUUGGAGACUAUUGGAAUCCUAAGAACAUAUCACUGGUUUCAUCCCUUGUCACCUUUUCUGCAGGUUGUUUUAGUCUGAUGACGCUGAUUGUUGUUGCAGUUAAAGGUAAAGACUACGUUGCAGACUUACAAAAGGAUCACUAUGGCAUCUUAACAUAUCAACAGUUAGGCAUCGAUUUAACCGGAAGUUACUCUAUUGGAUGGUCGUUUGGUGUAACAAUCCUGUCAGCGAUCAUUACAUUUAUAUCAUUCUCGUUGUUUAUAUUUGAAUAUAAGCUACUUCAGGCUCAAAUAGCUUUGCCUACCGAAGAUUCCUGAAUGACCUAUACUUAUCAAAUAUUCCCGAAUAAGGUUACCUCCCUUAAGCGAACUCUUUACUGUUGUAGCCUCCUCCAGGUAUCUAUAGUGUAGAAGUCAUCAGUGUUCAGCAUUACUAUAUGGUGUAGGACAAGAUGGAAUAGCCAAAGAGAUCAACGAAAACAUUCUUAAAACAUAUCAAUUAAAAAACAUAUACUCAGGCGACAGAACAGAAAAUAUCAAAUUCUUAUCGGCUACAGCGUACUUAACAAACUACCUGUGCAGAUUUUUGUGUUAUUUUAUUGAUAAAACACAAAGUAGAUAUGUAUGAGUUACUUUUGAGUUACUAUUGAAGAGUUUUGAAAACAUUGAAACUUAAUUGACCUUUGAAUGAAUAUCAAAUUUUACUAUAAGAAACUGCAGUAUAUAAUCUUUUCGCAGCAUUAAAAGUUUGUUAUACAUUUAUUGUUAUUGUUCACAAGAAGUUCACAUGUUUAAAUUUUAGAACUACUGAUCAAAUUUCCUUAAAUGUUUGUAAACAUUCUUUAUUUGGAAAUACACAUUUAUAUCAUGUC